AGCUCGCCUCCUCGGUAACAUCUCGGUUUCCCUAAAACGCCAGACGUCCUCAAACUGCGGGCUGAUGGAGAGGACGUCGACGUGUGUUUCUGGAACAUGUUAAUCCGAGGACGAAGACAGAAAACGCGGCUUGUUUGAGGAAAAGAUGGAGUAACGAUGUUUGAUUGACAUCAUUCCAAGAAACAAAAUGAAGAGAAGGCUGCUGCGAGGAUUCCUGUCGGAGAUUUCCGUCCGACUGGUGCUGCUUUUCGUGUUCGUUGUGACAGAGCAGCUUCCUCCUUUCUACCGAGAGAUCCAGGCGGAGGAGAUGUGGCUCUAUAAAUUUCACCGUGUGGAGACGGACCACGUUCCCACCUCUCUUAUGUUUAGCGUUGCUGUUUUCACUCCCCUAAUUGUAAUUCUGGUAUUCACCAUGUUUAAUAAAUCGGAGCAUGGCGAUCUAAAAGAAGCCUCCUUGGCCGUGACUCUGACUUUGGUGCUUAAUGGAGUUUUCACCAACGUCAUCAAACUUGUUGUCGGCAGGCCGAGACCAGACUUCUUCUAUCGCUGCUUCCCUGACGGUCAGAUGAACUUGGAGCUGCGCUGCAGUGGUGAUCCAGAUGUUGUCAUAGAGGGAAGAAAGAGCUUUCCCAGUGGGCACUCUUCCUUUGCCUUCGCAGGUUUGGGUUUUACGGCAUUAUACGUUGCAGGAAAACUGCGAUGCUUCAGUGUGGUGGGCCAGGGCAGAGCGUGGCGGAUGUGUGCCUUCCUCACCCCUCUCCUCAUCGCAGCUGUAAUCGCCCUUUCCAGAACCUGCGACUACAAACACCACUGGCAAGACGUACUGGUCGGGUCUCUGCUGGGUCUCACCUUCGCCUGGCUCUGCUACAGGCAGCACUUUCCUCCGCUUCAGGAUCCGGACUCCCACAGGCCCCUUCGUCACAGAGAGACCGUCCCCUCUGCGCAUGAGCGUAAACUCGCCAACUCCAACUUCCUCCUGCCCCUGUAGACCAGCUGCCACUGAAUUCUACUCCUCUGAACUGGGUUAUAUGGAGGGCCGUGUAAAUCGAGGUUUAUUUAAACAGGGCGUCGUAAAAUCCUUCUUUAGCUCUAUCGUGGGAAUUUUCUUUUGAGUUUACAAAUGAACGCGUCGGCUUUCAAACCUGAAAAGAUGUCAAAAACUUGAUACAUUUGGUCUGUUACAUGUGGUAGUUUUAUAAACUUGCAACUUUUUAAACAAGCAGAGUUGAAGCUUUAGUGCACAAACAAGAAAGCUGAAUUUAACUUGCAUGAAUUCUUGACAUUAUGGUUCAGGGAGCAAAACGGAAGCGCAAAGGUUUGUUUUUGUUUAAUGACACAAAGUUGUUGUUUUUUUCUUUGGGUUUUUCGAACAGACUGUACCAAAAUUCAGCUUCUUGUCGUGUCAAUGAUUUGUUGGUUCCAAUCAAAGUAUCAGAAGCACACCUCAGAAAGUCAUUUAAAAAGGAUAUUUAUCACAGGUUACAGGUCAAAACUUCACAUUUAAGAUCACAGAACAGUUAAGUGUGAUUAAAAUGAUCUAAACUAAGGGAACUUUUGAGUUUAGAGAUGUUCAUUGUAUAUUUUGUCCGUGGUAAGAACUAAGUCACAUUGUUUAAAAGAGGAAGGAAUAUGUGCACACAGCUACUGCAGCUCAGCAUUUAUUACCAUUUUGGUUAUAAAUAACCUAAAGACAAGGGAGACCGUUUAUUCAUUUAAAAUAACUGCUUCUUUUUUUUU